AUGCUAUUAUGAUGCUCUACAGAAUCGCUAGUUGGGCACAGACCAGCACUAAAGACAGCCCCUGCUAGUUGGAUGGACGGGUUCUCAACACGAUCCCAGGAACAUAUUCAACCACAAGCGCGCGACGAGUUGCCCGUAGUAUCGUGAUGUUUUUCAUUACGGCAAUCAGAGGAUCCAAACUGAGCUCUCUGAGGCCAAUCUUGCGCACAAUAUCAAGCACCGCCCCUCGUGCGCAGUGCUACAGAGUCCAGAUAUGCAAGCGACUGGCAUCAACCGCGGCCAAGGCAUCCCCCAAGGUUGCUGCGACUGCUCCUAGUGGUGCUGCUCCUGGAACCAAAUACAAAUAUCCUGAGAGAUUGCAGCUCUUCCAUGCCGGAGUGUCUCGAAUCACGUUCAUAGCGUGCGUGAAGUUAUCCACCAUCCUCAUCUUUACUUUCUUCACAUACGUGGUGACGCCGAAAUAUUAUGAGAAGGAAGGCUGGACGGCAACAACAAUUCGAACUGCCCUGAGUGGCGUAAUCCCCCUUCUCUUCGUGGGGUGGACAACAUCACCUUUUGUGCUGCUUGUUUCCAUGCGACUUCCGCCCUUUGCUCGGACCUCGGAACAACACUUGAAGCGCUACCUUUCCAAGCUACCUGCCGACACCGCGUUGGAGAUCUCUACCAUGAGUCUCAUAGCAAAGCCACGCGUGAGCAGGGUUCUUCUGUCGGAGCUACGACCGAAGAACCAGAGGUUGGGGAUCGUCAAUUAUGUCAGGGACACGUCGACAGAGAAUGCCGUUCGUAAGUGGUAUCAUUUUCGCGCUGUAAGUAGGUUCAGCAUCCAGACGAAUAAGACGAAAGGGCCACUUUGGUUUUGGGAGAGUGUCCAAGAAUCGAUCAAGCGAAAUCAGCGUUGAGAUUUUGCUUAGGACAUUGCGAGAUGGUGUCCUUGUACGAUAUUCUAGAUGACGCAGGAUAUUCACAGCAGAACGCCUGAUGUCUUCAUAUGUUGCGGGUGUAUGUAUGAUGGCGCUUGGUAUGUAGAAAACGUAGAAGAAGCACAUAUAUCAGGUACGCACAAGUUAAUACCUUGAGAUAUGGACAAUAAAAGACUGCAGCGUGUUUUUUCAUCUAGACGACUAAAUAAAUGCGCACCGUUCC